UUCUGGCUCAGUCGCACAGCGGCGCGGUGGCUGCCGGAAGCAGCUCCGCAGUGGUUGCCGGGAUCGUGCUGAUGUGGCCCUCCCCUUCCCCCUCCCCGUCCCGGGAUGUCGGAAGAAACCCGACAGAGCAAAUUGGCUGCGGCCAAGAAAAAGUUAAGAGAAUAUCAGCAGAAGAACAGCCCUGGUGUUCCUGCAGGAGCUAAGAAAAAAAGAAAGAUUAAGAAUGGCAGUAGCCCUGAGGCAACCACUUCUGGUGGUUGUCCCUCGCCUAAGGAUAUUCAGGACAUUCUGAAGGUGCUGGUGUCCGACCUUAACCGCUCCAAUGGGGUAGCGAUCCCCCCAUUGGACAAAUGGAAGGCGCCCAAAGACCACGCUGCUCCUGUUUCACCAUCUGCUGAUGACACCAUGUCACCUGGCGGUGUCACUUCCCCCAGUGCUAGUCCCCCCCGUGUCACUAGCAUGGCAUCAACUCAGAACCAUGAUGUUGAAAAUGGUCCUCUUACCAUGGAUGAAAGCACAUCUUUCUCAUCCACCGAGAGCCUGCGACAACUAUCUCAGCAGCUCAACGGGCUUGUAUCUGAGUCUACAUCUUACAUCAAUGGGGAGGGCCUAUCAUCUCAUAAUAUAAAGGAACUGGAGAGCCGGUACCAAGAACUAUCAGUAGCCUUGGACUCCAGCAAUCUAAAAAACAAACAACUCAGUAGCAAGAUAGAGGAAUUGAAACAAGAGAACCAAGAGGCUUUGGAUCAACUUGAAAAGGAGAAGAAGGGAUUUGAGCAAAAGCUUGCGAAGGAACAAGGGGCUCUAAGAGAACAGCUGCAGGUCCACAUUCAAACUAUUGGGAUUCUAGUGUCUGAGAAGUCAGAAUUACAGUCAGCUCUGGCUCACACCCAACAGGCAGCCAGACAAAAAGCAGGAGAGUCGGAGGAUCUCGCUAACCGCCUGCAGUCUUCCAGGCAGCGCGUGGGAGAGCUGGAGCGGACGCUCUCUGCCAUCUCCGCGCAGCAAAAGCAGGCCGACAGGAGCAACAAAGAAUUAACCAAGGAGCGAGAUGCCCUCAAGCUGGAGUUAUACAAGCACAACAAAAACAAUGAGGACCUGAAGCAGCAGAACUUGGAGCUGGAGGAGAAGCUGCGGGUCAUAGUGAGCGAGAAGGCGGCCAUACAGCUGGGGACAGAUGAGCUGCAGAAGAAGCUGGAGAUGUCGGAGCUGCUGCUGCAGCAGUUUUCUAAUCAACCUACGCAUGGUAGCAGCGAGCAGUUACAGCAGGCCCUGGAAGACCGGGCACAGCUGGAGACCCACGUGCAGCUGCUGAAAGAUUCACUGCAGCAGCUGAAGAUGGAGAGAGACCUGUACGUGGCAAAUAUGAAAGAAGAAAACGCCAUCUGGCAGCAGAAGAUGGAACAAAUGUCAGAGCAGGUGUGCAAGUUGAGGGAAGAAAAGGAGCACAGCAUGAGUCAGGUGCAGGAGCUGGAGGCCAGCUUGGCUGAACUGAGGAGCCAGAUGGCUGCGUGCCCACCCCAGGAGUCCCCAGAAGGGCCCUCGGAAGCAGAACAACUGCUUCAAGAGGAGGCCGAGCAGCUACAUAAGGAGCUGGAGAGCCUGGCAGGGCAGCUGAAGGAACAGGUGAAAGACAAUGAAAGUCUAAGUCGCCUGAAUCAGGAGCAAGAGCAGCGGCUGCUGGAGCUGGAGCGGGCAGCUGAGGAGUGGGGGGACCAGGCGGAGGAGCGCAAGCAGAUUCUGGAGAGCAUGCAGAACGACCGCACCACCAUCAGCCGCGCGCUCUCCCAGAACCGCGAGCUCAAGGAGCAGCUGGCCGAGCUGCAGAAUGGAUUUGUCAGGCUGACCAAUGAGAAUAUGGAAAUUACCUGCGCGCUGCAGUCAGAGCAGCACGUCAAGAAGGAGCUGGCCAAGAAGCUGAGUCAGCUACAGGAGAAGUUGGCGGAACUGAAGGAGAAGGUGGAGGCAAAGAACCAGGAGGCUCAGGGGCUGGAACAGCAGAGGGACCAGUACCUGAACCACCUGCAGCAGUACGUGGCUGCCUACCAGCAGCACGUGGCCGCCUACCAGCAGCUGGCCUCUGAGAAGGAGCUGCUGCACAAGCAGGUGCUGCUGCAGACCCAGCUCAUGGACCGGCUGCAGCACGAGGAGGUACAAGACAAGAUGGCGAUGGAGAUGGCCCACCAGGCAUUGCAGGAGACCCAGGGGCUCCUGGAAGCUGCCAACCAGGAGAACCAGCAGCUACAGGCCCAGCUGAAAAUCAUAGCUGCACCCGGGGAAGGAGAUGGACCAGACAGCGAGGAGCAGGAUGAGGAGGCUCCCCGGCCAAAACUGAGCAUGCCGGAGGACCUAGAGAGCCGAGAGGCCAUGGUGGCAUUCUGUAACUCGGCCUUAGCCAGUGCUGAAGAAGAGAAGGCGCGGCUUCGUGAGCAGCUGAAGGAGCAGAAGCUUCGCUGCCAGCGCCUGGCUCACCUAGCCAACCCAUCCCAGGAUGGAGUGGAGAAGGAGGCCCAAGCCCCCGGGACCAGGGAGGGCAGUGUGCCUGCAGAAACCCACCAGGCCCUCCAGGAGGCCAUGGACAAGCUGCAGGGCCAAUUUACAAAGAUUAUGCAGGAGAAAGUGGAUCUGAAGGAGCGGGUCGAGGAGCUAGAACAUCGCUGCAUCCAGCUCUCGGGAGAGACAGACACUAUUGGAGAGUACAUUGCUCUUUAUCAGAAUCAGAGGGCAGUGCUGCAGGAGCGGCACCGGAAGAAGGAGGAGUACAUUAGCCGGCUGGCUCAGGACAAGGAGGAGAUGAAGGUGAAGCUGCUGGAGCUCCAGGAACUGGUGUCACGCUUGAUGGGUGAGCGUAAUGAAUGUUACGGCAAGUUCCUGGCUGCCCAGAACCCUGCUGGGGAGCCCACUACAGCACCUUCAGCCCCCCAGGAGCUUGGCACUACUGACAACCAGGGUGGUCUCCGGGAGGUGAGCCUUGUGGACAACAUGGAGCCCACCCAAGGGCAGGCCCUGGUGGGCCAGACUGCUCCUGAGAACCUCACUGCACAGCAGAUCAUGCAGCUGCUGCGUGAGAUCCAGAACCCACGGGAGUACCCAGGCUUGGGCAGCAAUUCCUGCAUUCCUUUCUUCUACCGGGCGGACGAGAAUGACCAGGUGAAGAUCACCGUGGUCUAAAUGCCUGACGCUAGCAGGCAACAACCAGAGACAUGGGGUCAGGGGCUCUGCCUCCACCCAUCCCUGCCACCCUGUCACUCCUUCCCACCCCUCCUUCCCAGUCACCCUUUAUCCCUAAACUAGCAAGCAAUCCCCUGAAAAGGGGUGUAAGCCCCCUCUCUAAUGAGGGGGGACAAAUAGGUGCAGACCCCUGGCCAUUUGGGCUGUGUCUUCAUCUCUGGGCUAUUAAUAGUUCCAGAAAAACUGAGCCAGAGAGGCUCAAAAAAGGCAGUUUAUUUAGGAGGCUGCUCUUCUCAGGGAGCAAGGGCUCCCUGGUGGCCUCCUCACCCCCACCAAGCAGUCCUUCAUUCAGAGGGGCUCAUGCAUCCUCUAUUCAGAGGCACUUUGGGGCACAAGUGCCCCCACCUUGUUCAGCUAGACAACUGGACAGUACUCGCACAGGCCUUGGGACAAUUGGGGCAAACCCAGGCCAGGCAAGGACAUAAGCUGGUGGCGGAGUGGGCUCCCUCCCCAGUGUUUAUACUGUAACUGUGUAACAUUUUGUAUAUUCUGGAGGUAGAGCAGCCCCCUGUAUCAUAGUUGAGGUUGGAGCUGGUAAAUGGGGAGGAGGUUCUAUUAAAUAUUUGGGGCUGGGGAAACUUAUUUAUUGAUAGUAUAGGAGAGAGAGAGGAGGUGGAGGCGGGGACGGGUUUGUUCCCGGGUGAUUCGACUCCUGUUUGUUUCACUUUUUAUUUCAGAAUAAAUGGAUUUAGCCAUA